AUGUACCCUGACCUAUACAAGGGGUUGAACUUGAAACCAGAAGAUUUGACAGCAUACGAUUCACCGUUGAUAAGUUUUAAUGGGAAGAUGGUCAUCCCAAAAGGUCUGAUAAGACUACCCAUACAAGCAAGGUCAGAAGUGGUCGAAGUGGACUUUAUCGUGAUUGACGCCUAUUCCCACUACACUGCCAUCGUAGGAAGGCCUUGGCUAUAUGCCCUAGGAGCCAUUUCCUUAACCACCGGAAAGUCAAGUACCCCACUGGAGAUGGGAUCGAAGAGCUCAUUGGGAGUCGGAGCCCAACUGCCUCCUCAGGAAAGGGAAGAGCUGAUAGUUUUCCUCAAGAGGAACAUCGAUGUGUUUGCAUGGAGCGCUUAUGAAGCUCUGGAGGUGGAUCUGGACUUCAUCUGCCAUCAUUUGAAUGUCAACGCAUCUGUCAUCCCCAAAAAGCAAGCUCCUCGGCGCUCAUCCAAGGAGUAUUCUAACACAAUCAGAGAUAAGGUAAUGAAGUUAAAGCUGGCCGAGACUAUCAAAGAGGUUUUCUACCCUGAGUGGUUAGCCAACACCGCAGUGGUGACGAAGAAGAGUGGGAAGUGGCGAGUGUGCAUAGACUUCACAAAUCUGAACAAGGCCUAUCCGAAAGACCCUUUCUCCAUGCCUUGGAUAGACCAGCUAGUGGAUGCCACUAUAGGUCAUCCUCGAUGA